GGGGCCUCCGUGGAGAAUAGAUGGGGAAGUUCUCUGGGGCGGGCGCAGUUUGCCGCUGAUUCUGAGAAACCGAAACUCAGCUGUUAAAACCGCUGCCUCUGCACUUUGGAAUCCCGUCCGGAGACUCGCUAAGCGUCCCAGCCGCAUCCCUCCCGCAGCGACGGCGGCCCGGGACCCGCGGGCUGUGAACCAUGUACACACGCAGCAGAGUGGUGAGCUCCGGGCUCGGCGCCUCCCCUGCCUCCCGCCCGACCCGGGACCCCCGGGGCCCUUACGGGCGGCACGGGGAGCUGGGCCCGCUGGAAGACCGGAGACAGGGUUUGGAGGCAGCCCCUGAGAGCCCUUCGCGGGAGAGCAUCGUGCACGCAGGCCAGAGACACACAAGUGCAUAUACCUUGAUAGCACCAAAUGUAAACCGGAGAAAUCAGAUACAAAGAAUUGCGGAACAGGAGCUGGCCAACCUGGAGAAGUGGAAGGAGCAGAACAGAGCUAAACCAGUUCACCUGGUGCCCAGGCGGCUAGGUGGAAGCCAGUCAGAAACUGAAGUCAGACAGAAGCAACAACUCCAGCUGAUGCAAUCUAAAUACCAGCAAAAGCUAAAAAGAGAAGAAUCUGUAAGAAUCAAGAAGGAAGCUGAAGAAGCUGAACUCCAAAAAAUGAAGGCAAUUCAGAGAGAGAAGAGCAAUAAACUGGAGGAGAAAAAAAGACUUCAAGAAAACCUUAGGAGAGAAGCAUUUAGAGAGCAUCAACAAUACAAAACCACUGAGUUCUUGAGCAAACUGAACGUAGAAUCGCCAGACAGAAGUGCCUGUCAAAGUGCUGUUUGUGGCCCACAAUCCUCAACAUGGAAACUUCCUGUCCUGCCUAGGGAUCACAGCUGGGCCAGAAGCUGGGCUUAUAGAGAUUCUCUAAGGGCAGAAGAAAACAGAAAAUUGCAAAAGAUGAAGGAUGAACAACAUCAAAAGAGUGAAUUACUGGAACUUAAGCGGCAGCAGCAAGAGGAAAAAAGAGCCAAAGUCCAGCAGACUGAACACAGGAGGGUAAAUAAUGCUUUUCUGGACCGACUCCAAGGCAAAAGUCAACCAGGUGGCCUCGAGCAAUCUGGAGGCUGUUGGAAUAUGAAUAGCGGUAACAGCUGGGGUAUAUGAGAAAAUAUUGACUCCUAUCUGGCGUUCAUCAACUGACCUCGAAAAACCUCAUGAGAUGCUUUUUCUUAAUGUGAUUUUGUUCAGCUUCACUGUUUUUACCUUGAUUUCAACUGCCCACACACUUGACCGUGCAGUCAGGAGUGACUGGCUUCUCCCUAUCCUCAUUUAUGCAUGUUUGGAGGAGCUGAUUACUGAACUCAUGUAAUCUCUACUGCCAGGGAAAUGCUACAUUAUUUUUCUAAUUGGAAGUAUAAUUAAUGUUGGUAAGGUAGAAAAAGAGGAAGUCGCUUGAUGCUUUCAGGUUAAUCAGAGCUAUGGGUGCUACAGGCUUGUCUUUCUAAGUGACACAUUCUUAUCUGAUUCUCAGAUCAGGUUUUGGAAAGCUUUGGGGGUCUUUCUAGAUUUUAAUCCCUACUUUCUUAAUCUGCGGUACAAAUAUGCACAAAAGAAAAAAUGUCUUAUAUUCUUUUAAACAAAUUUAUAAAUAAAUUUUGAACUACUCUUGUACAAAUCAGUCAUUUUAAUUUUUAAUGAAAAGUUAUUGGGGUUUUCUCUCUUGAAGGGCCUCCUUUUAAUUCCCCUUUCCCGGCCAUAUAGAUGAAAUAUAGUACUGUCAUGACUGUUGGCUCUUGUUUUGGUCUUGACUUACUAAUAGUGUUACCGUGAUUUUCAGAGGGGGACAGUUUAUCUCCAGAAAGGCCAAUGUUUGUAUACAAAUCAGCUAGACACAAAUAUAGACAUCAUAUGCGGUUUGUAGGUGUUUCAGAAAUUUGUUUUUUCUUUGCUCUGUGCAACCUAUUUCCUACUGCUAGUUAGUUCGCUUUCUUAUUCACUUCUGUGGCCUUGAACCAGUUCACAGACCCUGGAGUGUAAGAGUAUUGGUCUUCUAUGCUGUGCACUCUAGCUCAGUCCCUCUGUCCCCUCCACCUCACCAUCCCCCAGCCACCACAUUGUAUAGCGAAAGCAUUGUAUUCAAUCCUAGAAUAAAGGUAAACGCAACAAAUCAUCUUUGCAGCUGGACAACUAAUAAUUCUUUGCGGCAUUAAGAGAUCUUCUGUGUUACCAAUCACUCUGUUGAAAUGAACUUUCCAAAUCUCUUUAUUCAGGAAAACAUGGGGAUUUGAAAUUCUUGGGCCAAAAUACAUCACUGAGGGGUUCACAGAGCUGGGCAAGGGUGCGCUAGGAAAGCGCCACAUUGAUGGGUGGGAGGUGACAGAGAACAGAUGGUGUCAGGCAAUGUCUCUGGACUAAAUAAUGCAGAUAUUCUUGGUUGCGUCUCCUCUGCCAGAUGAAGCUGUGUUCAUGCUGUUGACACUAAUACAAAAUGUUUGGUCCAUUUGAAAUCCUUGUCAUUGCCUUAUAUGGGGGAAUCUCAGUCCCCCAGCCCGUGUUGGAAACAUCACCAAACUGAUUGUCAAUGUGCGGCUGUAGCAGACAUUUUACUGUGGUGGCGUGCAGCCAUUUUGGCCCUACACCUGCCGGCCUGGCUACCUUACGGCUGUGUUCGGAUUUUUGUGUCUAUGCUUGGUGUGCCUCACUUGCUGCAUUUUCCAGCAUGCAACCAGGAGUUGAUGUAGGAAAAAGGGAUGCUUUCUUACUUUGGAAGCUCUCAGGGAAGUUGGUGUCAGUUUCUCCUCCACUGCCUGACCUACCCCCCACUCCCAAACAAAGAUUUUGUGCAAAUGUGUAGUUCUAUAUUUUAAAAAUUGUGCAGAUAUGGAAACUUGUGACUUUAUGACCAAAACUAUCUAGAAUAUGUGUGGGGGUGUAAGCAUCUUUCUUGAUCAAUUAUCUAUGUAGGCAGAGGUAACCAGGAAAGAAGCAAGAGUUGCUGCCUAAGGGAGCCCACCACUUUACUUUUCACAUUUAAUCUGCCAUGUUGAAUCAGCUGGAAUAAAACCUGACUCGUAGAUAACUCUGGACAGGAAAUCCCAAAGUUCCACCAUUUCUAUACUUAAUUUUAACAUCCCUUUUUUUUUUUUUGUAGAAAAUAAAAACAAGAAACAGAUCAUUCCAGUGUAAGGUGUGUGUUAUAGAAACCUUAGGCAAUGCAGAUGUGUAAUAAAAUAUUUAAUAAACUUUUAAACACCUUCGUGUUUGGAUUUA